UUUUUCCGUAAAAUUUAUUUAUUCAAAGAGACAUUGCAUGUAUUUAUCAUCUAUCGUCUUUGAAAUGCUGAGGAGGUCGAGGGUGACGAUGAUGAUGUUGCUGUCCGUGCUGCACGGAACCGGCGCAGCAUCAACGGGCUCAUCCCGGUACCGCGUGCACCCCCAGGCAGGGUUCGGUAUCACUGAUACCGCGGCAGUGGUGCACUAUACAUCGUCUGCCAUACAGUGUGCUCAGCGGUGCUCGAUUUCUGGCUCAUCUGUCUUCUCCGUCACUGAAGAAAACACAGGAAAAGUGAGAUGCAGAAUUGCAUCGUCUGGCUUCCGAGCUGAGAACCUCACCGCCGGCGCCGCUGCUGCAGGAGAAACAACCUACGUCGACGAACUCAGUCCUGCUACAAUACAGGAAGUCACCACUACUCCUGUGCAGGCGCUCACCUCUACCGCACCAACUCAAGGUCCAUGUCUGACUGCAUCGGAUAUCGUCUGCGCUACUGCAGCUCCGGCAACUUUCUUCUACCACCCGAGCGACUGCAGCAAGUACCUGUGGUGUACAGGCGGUACCAACCCGAUACAGAUGGCAUGCGCUCCUUGUACCUACUGGCAGUUGGACAUCACCGCCUGCGUUACGACUCGGCCUGCAAAGUGUUCUUGUCAGACGUCCAUACAAAGGGCCCCAUAUACUUGCGAGUAAAGGGCCCCAUACACUUGCGAGUAAAGGGCCCCAUACACCUGCGAGUGAAGGGCCCCAUAC